AUGAAGUACGUGGAAGAAGUGGUUCAAAUGAUGGGCGACACCCCAAGGAUACCCAGCGAAGAAGAGCGAAGGAAUUUCGUAUUCAAGCCCGAGGACUAUAGGGAUGCCGUUGUGAUGCCGUGGUACAGAAAUAUCGAGCAGCCAGUGUUUUACUAUGUUGCCGAGGUUAGGUUCGGGCACUGCCGUUGA